AUACAAUCACCACUUGAAUUGGCACUUCCUGGAGUCUUGUGCAAUCGGGUUUGGGUGGAACAGGAAGCAGCAGCCGGUAGCGCUGACAGUACGAUUUGUUUUGUGAAUAAUUGGCUGAAAUAGAUAUACAACAUGCCGGCUUACCACUCUGCUUUGAUGGAUCCCGACACCAAACUGGUGGGAAACAUGGCUAUGUUGCCCCUGAAAACGCAGUAUAAAGGCCCUGCCGCGAAAGAGACCAGAGAUACAGACAUAAUUGAAGAGGCCAUUUACUACUUCAAAGCCAACGUCUUUUUCAAGAACUACGAAAUCAAGAAUGAAGCAGACAGAACUUUGAUUUAUGUGACUUUGUACAUCUCAGAAUGCCUCAAAAAGCUGCAGAAGUGCAACUCCAAGGGCCAGGGGGAGAAGGAGAUGUACACUCUGGGCAUUACUAACUUCCCCAUCCCAGGAGAGCCUGGCUUCCCCCUCAACGCCAUGUAUUUGAAACCCACCAACAAACAGGAGGAGGAGACCAUGAGGAUGUACCUGCAGCAGAUCCGCCAGGAGACUGGGCUGAGGCUGUGCGAACGCGUUUUCGAUCCCCAGACGGACAAGCCCAGCAAGUGGUGGGUGUGCUUCGUGAAGAAGCAGUUCAUGAACAAGAGCCUGUCUGCCCCGGGUCAGUAGGCUGCUCCGCCGCAGCGGGGCUCCUGCGCGGGCUUCGGCUGCGAGACGCGCGCCUGUUCUGCGGCAUGCGGUCGCAUGCGCCCUGCAUGCGCCGACGCAGGGCACGCGGCUCGCGCUCGGCCACAUUCCGCAGCCGCAGCUCAGCAGAAGACCAGCCCCUGGGACCAGCGCAUUCCGCCAGCUUCUCUCGCCUCCAACGACCAGUUUUUUUAAAAUAAAGGUGCAUGCUUCAGGACCGGUUCCUCAGCUGCCUUUCAAAUGCAAACUUACUCAAUUCUGUCUGUCACCCCCCACCCCCCCACCCCCCCACCCCACUCUCCACAGGACCCCUAAAUGUAUUUAAAUGGCAUUUUUGUGUUUAUUACUGGUGAUUGUAAUUUCACGACAAUUUUUAAGAAAUAAAGACCAUUUUCCGUAUUAUAAGGUGGAA